ACCAUAUCAAGCUUGAACUGGAGCAAGCGAGAGGGAGAGAGAGAGAGAUGGUGUCGAGAGAGCAGCAGAAGAGAGCAACUCUGCAUGAGAAGUUUCAACUUCUUCGUUCGGUGACCAAUUCUCAUGCACUAAACAAAAAAUCCAUUAUAGUAGAUGCUUCAGACUACAUUGAAGGUUUGAAGGAGAAGGUUGAAAGAUUGAACAGAGAAAUCUCAUAUGCACGAAAUAUUAUCGCGGGAGAAAGCAACAAAUUUACCAGGCCAACGGUUACUGUUGAACCUCUGGAGAAGGGGUUUCUAAUCAAUGUGUACUCUCAGAAGAGCUGUCCCGGUUUGCUUGUCUCUAUUCUUGAAGUCUUUGAAGACUUAGGCCUCAAUGUUCUUGAAGCCAAUGCAUCAUGCACUGAGGCUUUUCGUUUGGAAGCAUUUGGAGCAGAGGAAGUGAUGGAAACUCUAGACGCUGAAGUUGUGAAACAAGCUGUUCAUCGUGCUAUCAAGAACUGCACAGAAAUCGAAGCAGAAAGUAGCGAGGAAUAAAUCUACAUCAUUGAGUACUGCACCCAAUUAAUUUGAUCGAUUUCAUCAGAAUAUUUCUAUUUUCUUCAUUUUGAUUAGUAUGAUUAUGUUAAUUUGGAUGUUUUCGCCCCUUCAAAAAAAAAAAAGGAAUCUGUCGAUGUCAUGAAGAUUUUUCUCUUCUCAAGAAUAUGCAGAUGGAUUGCAUAUAUGGCUUUUGGAAACUGUAUGUUUUCAAGUUGUAUGAUUAUAAAUAAGGGAUAUGUUCAGAUGAUAAAUAAGCAGUAAGAAAGGCAUUAAAGGCCGUUAAUCGAUUU